AUGUCUUAUCCUGACCAGCGUUCAAACGACGAGUGGCGAGCUGUCCUCAACAAGGAGCAAUUCCGUAUUCUCCGUGAGAAGGGUACCGAGGCUCCCGGUUCAGGAACGUUCGACAAGCACUACCCAGACGAAGGUGUCUAUACUUGCGCAGGUUGUGAGGCGCCUCUCUACAAGGCUACCCACAAGUUCAAGUCUGGCUGCGGCUGGCCAGCUUACUUUGACAGCAUCCCCGGUGCUGUUGUCCGUCAUGAGGAUCGCGCCUUUGGUAUGGCCCGAACUGAGAUUGUGUGCUCCAACUGCGGCGGUCAUCUAGGACAUGUGUUCAAGGGCGAGGGUUAUGACACGCCCACCGACGAACGUCAUUGUGUGAACAGCGUCAGUCUUAGCUUCUCCCCCAAUGACAAGGUUGUCAAGGAUAAGCCUGAAAGCAAGGCUUGA